AGGCGGUGCCUAUGGAUGCGCACGCGCACUAUCUCUGUCCUGUGCUGUGACCGGGCCGGGUUAGCCCCGCCCAAUAGGUGGAAGACCAGGAGGUCCCCUGUGAGUUCUAUCUCUGUGCUAUGUAGCUUUUCGUCUCGUGCUGUGUCUUUGGGUUGCCUGAGUGUGAGCAGCGUUCGGAAUACAAGGAAUCCUCAGUUCAAGUUGAAAAUGCCUGUGCUCUGGAUAAUGCGCCGAGCUUCCCAAACAGGGACUCCAGUGUGCCUGAGCUUUGCCCGACACCUCAGCUGCACAGCUCCAAGAGCUUCCUACAAAUAUGUGAAUUUAAAGGAAGAGAAAACUGAUAUGAAAUCUAUGACUGACAAGGCUGCACAGACACUCCUGUGGACAGAGCUCGUCCGAGGCUUGGCAAUGACCUUGAGCUACCUGUUUAGGGAACCUGCCACUAUCAACUAUCCCUUUGAGAAGGGCCCCCUCAGCCCACGCUUCCGUGGGGAACAUGCCCUGCGCAGGUACCCUUCUGGAGAGGAGAGAUGCAUUGCUUGCAAGCUGUGUGAGGCCGUUUGCCCUGCCCAGGCAAUCACCAUUGAGGCGGAGCCCCGUGCUGAUGGCAGCCGCAGAACGACUCGCUAUGACAUUGACAUGACCAAGUGCAUCUACUGUGGAUUCUGCCAGGAAGCCUGUCCCGUUGAUGCCAUUGUGGAGGGCCCCAACUUUGAAUUCUCUACUGAGACACAUGAGGAGCUUCUGUACAACAAGGAGAAGCUGCUUAACAAUGGUGACAAGUGGGAAGCAGAGAUCGCUGCUAACAUACAGGCUGACUACUUGUACCGAUGAUGGUGUACUUACCUCAACCAUCACACAUCCUAACCAGCCAGUUCAGCCGAAGCCAAGCCUGCAAUAAAGGGCAUGCACCCAUUGUCUGUGUCCCUGUGUCUUGAGGAAGGCUUAUAGCCAAGCCUGUUGGAAAUAGAUAGAAUGCACAGUCAUCCUUGUUUUCUCCCUCAGCCCAGCCUGUGAGGCCCACCACCUUUUUCUUUUCAAUUUGAGAGUUCCAGUUACUGUACCUGGGGGGAACUUAAGGGGCACUGUAAGGAUAUUGGCUAGGAAGAGGUGAUGUAUGGCAGGUCAGGGGAGAGACAGACAGAGGGGAAUCCAACUCCGUUCUUCUGCAUCUCCUCUCUCUCCACUUGCAUUCUGAUUGCUUCAGGAGACAAGUAGCACAAGUGUGUUCUGAAUGUUUGAAUUGGUUUUCAAGAGAAUAGAAAAAGGUUGCUCUGGUAAAAAGAUGGGAUCCUUGGGAAUUAGCAGGUAUCCUCUGCAGUGAGCAUCUUGUCGGGACAUUUGUGUCAACCUUAAUGGGUUCAGGAGGGUCUUGCAUUCAGCAUAUUAAAAAAUAUUCAUUUGGGAAAUCAGUACUUGCUCCUUGACCCCUUUCAGAUAUUUUAUUCAGUCCUAGUGAGAUCUUGUCUGCCUUUUUGGAGGUAGUGUACUCUGAUCAAUGUUAUGUAGCCCAGCUCUUGAUUCAUAGGGUUGGCUUUCCUUUUCUUCAUGUUGAUGUGCUAUGUUGUACUUGGACUGAAGGGGCUCCAGCAGGCUUCUCAGGAGUGGGUUGUACUCUUUCUGAAUUCUGAUGGAUUAAGCAGCCUUCAAGAAACAAAGGGCACUCUAGCUGUUAAAGACAAAUCCAAAAUGACCAGCAUGAGUUUGUCUCAUUUGCAGCAUUCUGUUCUCAGUUUAAGAGUCAAAGCAGCUGCUCUUUCUGUUUUAAUGGAGAGCCUGCUACAAACUGGUUCACAGAGCUGCUAGGAAUAUGUUAAGUGACACUUGCUCUAUGAAACAGUAGGACUCAAUUUCUUACUCUGAUUAUCAGUUAGCACUGAUAAAGCCACUUACACUUUGAAAACAAGAUGUUUACUGGGGGUGGAUAUAGGAAAGGUCUGAAUGAAAGAAUAGUGGGUACAAGGCAAACAAAAACAUCAAAUCUUUCUAUCAGCAAGAUCAAGAUACAUUUAUGAGGGGGAUCUCCUCACAAUGCAAGGGCCUGCUGAUGCACUAUCAUAGAUAGAAUGUUAAUAGGAUCACCAUUAUUGCUUCUAUAGAUUGCUCAAUAAAUUCUAACUCAUAAGACAUUUGUGUGACCUAUUCCCUUACAACUUCAUAAUAGUCUGCAAAACUCAAAUUCUUCCCCUAAGCAUUUGCUCUUUCUCUUUCUUGGGAGCAGGCACACCCUCUCCUGUAAACAACAGAAAGCUUUCGGUGAAAUAGAUUUGACAGCUGAAAGGAGCUACUAUGGAAAGGGAGGAACUGAAUGUCACUGAGGAUGUGUUGAAUUAUGAUAGUCGUCUCCACAGUCCAGCUCAGGAGGGACAGAUUGCAGUGUGCUGGUUGUGUACCUCCAGAAACAUGGAAAUUCUUCUGAACAUUAGCUGUCCUUACCCAUGUAUCCCCUCCCCCAUCUGAUAUAUUUUUAGUGAGAAUGAAUCAGUAUAACUGAACCUACCAAAGAUUGGGGGUGGGAAGGAAGUCAAGAGUCCAUUCAAUGUUUUUCUGCUGGAGAAAAUAAACUUAAAGAUUGUGUAGCUGCUGCUGAGCAGGGCUCCAAGACAAACGAGUUUCUAGCCAUGUAGCUGUUUAAAUCAAGAUGGCCAUGUACUGUAGCUUCUAAUAUAGUCUAAGCUGUAUGCAGGGUGAAGUCCAAACUACCUGGUCUUUAAUUAACAUGCAUACAGUGAAGAGGGAGGAUACACAACUUUGGGAGUGGGCAAUACAUGUUCAUAAAAGCUUUUACUAAGAACUCAGAGAUAGCACUUUCCCUAUCCACAGGCAGCAGCAUCAGAUGUGAGCACCCUAGUUAAUGGACAACAUGAUGCUUACAAUUCCUGGCCGGGGGGUGGGGGGAGGGAUGUAUUUCCUAUGGUGUAGAAGAGCUUCUGUGAAUAAAGUUUGUCCAGAGGUUUCAGCUUCUGCCAUUUCUGGGUUGGAAUAAUUCUGAGCAUGAAAAAUGACUUGACUGGGAUUCACAAUAUUAGUUCCAAGGCCAGCCUAGCACUGGAUGGACUGCCAGCAACUACAGCAGUAGCCCCAGGGCCUUCCAAUGCUAGCUUUAACGCUAUAGCUAGUGUUCUCUCUAAUAACAAAUGCUACAAGUGCCCAAAUUAACACUACUUGCCAUUCUAAUAAUUUAUUUAGGAUAGCGGUCAUUAACAUUUUCAAAUCUCAAAAUGCAUUGUUAGACCUACUUCAAUAUUUGUUUUUGUACAUAGGCCAGUAUUUCUCCUCUUAAGGGUGACUGGAUGCAAAGGAAAGCAGGGUGCCUGUAUUUUUUUAAAUAGAUUUUUGCAGGUGCAGCUUGGCAUGCAAGAGAGAAAAAGCCACACUUACCAACAUUUGUUCUAAUCUAUCAAAAAUAAAGGAACGUUAUCCUCUUC